AUGUUUGUUCGAUCUAUAACCGCUACAUUGCUGGCCACGUCACUUCUCCUCUGUGGGGGAGAGGCAAAGCGCCUGGCUGCCCGGGGCCCUUCUACUCGGACGCAUCGUGCGCAACAUACUCUUGCAUCUGAGCCGGUGGAUACCUCGAACUAUCGCUUCCUCACAAACAGAACCAAGCCCCAUGUGGUGGAGAGCUUACCAGACGUCCACUAUGAACUGGGCGAGAUGUAUUCGGGUUUUCUGCCCGCCCGCGAUAACACGUCCUUAUUCUACAUCUUCCAGCCAAAGAUUGGGGAGCCUAGUAAUGACCUCACGGUGUGGUUCAAUGGUGGACCAGGAUGCAGUUCAAUGCAGGGGUUCUUGCAGGAGAAUGGUCGUUUUUCCUGGUUACCCGGUACCUACGAACCGGUCAUCAACGAGUACUCAUGGGUGAACUUGACCAAUAUGUUAUGGGUCGAUCAACCGGUUGGAGUGGGAUUCUCCAACGGCACGCCGACUGCUACUAGCGAAGAGGACCUCGCUGCCGAUUUCAUCAAGUUCUUCAAAGAGUUUCAAGAAGAAUACGAGAUUGAAAACUUCCGGAUUUUCUUGACUGGUGAAAGUUAUGCGGGACGCUACGUGCCCUAUAUCUCUGCCGCGAUGCUCGACAAGAACGAUACUCGACACUUCAAUCUGAGUGGAGCUAUGAUGUACGAGGCAUGCAUUGGCCAGUGGGACUACGUCCAAGCCGAACUUCCCGCCUACCCCUUCGUUGAACAACAUGCCGAGCUGUUCAACUUCAACCAAUCCUUCAUGGCAGAUCUCAAGGACACCUACGAGCAAUGCGGCUAUAAAGAAUAUUACGACGAGUACCUCACCUUCCCGGCCUCCGGGGUCCAGCCCACCAAGUUCGCAGACUACGACGACGUCGAAUGCGACAUCUACAACAUGAUUUACAGCGAAGCCUACAACCCGAACCCAUGUUGGAGUCCUUCCAAGGUCAGCCAGACCUGCCCACUCUUGUGGGAUGUCCUGGGUAUGCCCACCGACCUUUCCUACCAACCAGGCCCCACAUCCUACUUCAACCGCACGGACGUCAAGAAAGCCCUCCACGUCCCCGAGGAUAUCAACUGGGAGCUCUGCAGCAUUGAGAGCGUCUUUGUCGGUGCCGACCCGGGACCACAGCAAUUAUAUGAUGAAUCCCCGAAUCCCACCGAGCACAUUCUGCCCCGAGUCAUUGAAGCGACCAAUCGGGUCCUGAUCUCGAACGGAGCUUGGGAUUAUUUGAUCAUUACCAAUGGAACGCUGAUCGCGAUUCAGAACAUGACCUGGAAUGGUGAGCUAGGAUUCCAGUCUCGUCCUACUACGCCCGUUCAUAUCGAUAUGCCGGACUUGCAGUACGCUGCUGUCUUCGAUGCCCAGGUGGACUAUGGGGACCUUGAUGGCCCCCAGGGCAUUAUGGGCGUUCAACAUUAUGAACGUGGCCUUAUGUUUGCGGAAACUUUUCAGGCUGGCCAUCGGCAGUCCCAGGAUCAAGGUCGGGUGUCGUAUCGGCAUGUGCAGUGGUUGCUGGGUGACGACGAGAAGCUGUGA